AUGACGCUUCUUUAUAGUCCACUUCAUUCUCAGUAUGACCGCACUUGCACAGAACAUUUCAUCGCCUCUCCACUUCCACGUCCAAGCUCUGCCUCCUCCAACGCUGACCGUGCCUAUACGGACGCAAUCCCUCGACCGCGUUCUGCCGAACACCCAUCUUCUAGGAAAAACUCUAUUCCAGGUAAUCACGGUGGUAAUCCGCAUUGGUAUAGAGAUGUUAACGACAAGGGUCCCAGUAUUAUCGCUCCGUACCCGAAAAAAGCCCUGUGCUGCGCUGGUCUACGUCUGCUAAGUGGAUUUGGAUCUGACGAAAAACUUGUGAGCAUAAAAAGAGUGGUAGAAAGGGAGAGCAUGAAACUUUAUGGUGGAGUGAAAAACGAGUCCGAGGACGCUGGAAGUCUUGGACGUGAAAAAAUGACUUCUGAAGCUCUAGCCUUUGCCGAACUGAAGGAAAUCAUAGCUACUUCUUCACGUGAUUCUUCCCGCCCCGUCUCUCAAUCCGCUUCACCCACUUAUACAACUCACAUCUCACCUCCAAGCGUUUCUGACGACGAAGGCUCUGAAUACGACGACGACGAAGAGGCCAUGGCCCGUAUGAGUUACUCUACCUCGGCGAUCGAGAUCAGACAACCACACAAAAAUCGUAAUAUCGAAGGAAACCACUUUGAGGCUCUAAGACCAACGGUUCUUGAACGUCUGUCGGUCGACUAUUCUCAUCUGAUGUUUGGCUCGUCUCCAAUUACUCGCGCCAAUAACCCGCUUCCCUUGGACGAAUCGUUUUCACCUGAACAACGCUUUCCAGUCUCGAGUAACCCAAAAAGAUCCUCGUUCACGUAUAUGCAUAAGAAGAUGAGCACUGGUGAUUUGAACGCACCCUACGAUGAUGAGAGCCUAAAUGUAGACAAGCAUGGAAAUAUUGCGGAUAACGGUGCCACUAUGUCUUUCUCGAAAGGUUCCAGAGCGGCUAUUUUGUUGUCAUUGUCUGAAGGCGGACGAAGGAGAAGUCUUAGUGUCGGAAGCGUGAAUUUUAAGGCGGAGAACAAACCCAGGAGUGUUUGUUAA